AGCGCCUAUUUUCCCUCGCUUGACAGCGCUGGUACCCACUGCAUUGCUUGUGUUAUCUGUCUAUGUGAGUGAUGUGUGUGGGAUACCUCUCUCACUGUAAAUUCUUUAGGACAUGUGGGACAGUGGACAGCGGGCUGAAAAAUUCCAGAGGAGUUUUAACCCGUUUAACCCGUGCCCACGUUACAUUUAAUCUGCUUUGGAUGGUUCUUCCUAUACCAUACUGAAAUUUAUAUAUAUAUAUUUAUAUAUGGCAAAAAUACGUGCAUUUAUUCUGGUCACGGUGCGCGCUGACAGGCGGCUGUCCUGAAAAUUACUGUAGUGAAUCGGCAAGCAGAAAAGCAGCAAGCGGACACCUGCAGUAGAAUGUAGCGGGAAUUCCCUGUUACUGGCGCGAGGAGAAUUGUCACAGAGCUGACCAUCACUUCCGGAUUUCUGAGGCUUGUGAGAAGAGGAGGGAGUGAGAUUGUAGGCAGAGCAUGGGGUGGCAACGCUGUGGGUGUUGCUAUGUUUGAGGAGGCUCAGACAAGGCCAUGGAGACCGACGGCUACAGCCAUCUCCUGGAAACAAGCGAUGGUAUGGAGGCUGGCGGGGGCCUGGAAGGCCUUGGCGGGGCCAACUCGGACACAGGGUGGUACCUGCCCUACCCCAUCAGCUUCCAGGUGACCUUGACCAGCUUCCUUAUGUUGGAGCUGGUGCUGGGCUUCAGCAGCAACUUGACCGUGCUGGUGCUCUAUUGCGCCCAGUCCAAUCUGGUCGACUCGGUCAGCAAUAUGGUCACGGUCAACCUGCACGUCCUCGAUAUCAUCGUGUGCGUGCUGUGUCUCCCGAUGACCAUGGUCAUCAUCCUGCUGCCACUGGAUGGCAAUCUGGCAUUGCUGUGCUGCUUCCAUGAGGCCUGCGUCACCUUCACCAGCAUCGCCACCGCCAUCAACGUGCUGGUCAUCAGCGUCGACCGCUACGACAUCUCUGUGCGCCCGGCCAACCGCCUGCUGACCCCCCGGCGUGCGGCGCUGCUGCUGGCCGCCGUGUGGACCGUGUCUUUGGCCGUCUUUUUCAUCCCCUUCCUGGAGGUGGAGUUCUUCGGGCCAGACAGCGGACUGGAGGACCCCGCCCUGGUACCCGUGUGGCGCAACCGGACGCUGCUCUGUGUAGGGGGGCAGGGCUACCACACAGAGCUGGCCAUGUACUACCACCUGCUCUUGCAGGUGCCCAUCUUCUUCACCGCCGUGGUGGUCAUGUUGUUCACGUACUCCAAGAUCCUGCAGGCCCUCAACAUCCGCAUCGGCACCCACUUGAAGAGGAGUCAGCGCUUGAAGGGCCCGUCCUGCAGGGGGCGCCGCAGAAGGAGAAAGAGGAAGGGGUUAGGAAUAGGGGGAUCCUCCAGCCAGACCAGGCACCUCACCCAGCCGCCCCUAAUCCCCUCCCCGACCCCGACCCCCACCUCACCCCCACCUCUAUCCUCAGUUCCCCAGAUUACCUCUGAUGGUGGAGCCACCCCUGUCUCUGCCCCCACUCCCUCCCCAACCCCCACCCCCGCCCCCAUCCCAGGCCCCGCCUCUGCCUCGGCGUCCAUGGGUGUCCACGCCUCGGUAUCAGCCAUCAUCGCUCUGCGGCGGGCUGUGCGGCGGCACCGGGACCGGCGGGAGCGCCAGCGGCGCGUCUUCAAGAUGUCGCUCAUCAUCAUCUCCACAUUCAUGGGCUGUUGGGCGCCCAUCUCCGUGGUGAACGUGCUGAUCCUGGGCCUGGGCCCCAGCGACUGGCUGGUGCGGCUGCGGCUCUGCUUCCUGGCCAUGGCCUACGGGACCACCAUCUUCCACCCGCUGCUCUACGCUUUCACGCGGCAGAAGCUGCGGCGGGCGCUCCGCAGCAAGGUGAAGAAGCGCGUGGUGUCGCUGCUGCAGGUGGACCCCGCGCCCAGCGGCACCGUCAUACACAACUCCUGGGUAGAGCCGCGCAAGGGCCGGCGGGUACGCCUGGAGGGCAGCGACGCCACGGACCGCUGCCUCACGGAGGCUGUGCGCGAGUGAGAGAGGGAAAAAGAGAGAGAG